AUGGAAUAAUUGCAGACUAUAUAAUCUUUUUAUGAUUAACUAAUCAAAGAAUUAGAAAAGAAAUUUGAAGAGAAAUUAUCAUAACUUAACAAAAGGUAUCAUGUAAUGGAAACCUCUUUGAAAUAAAAGAUAAAAUUACUUGAAGCUGGAAAACAUUAAAAAUCAGAAGAUUUAGAAAAAGUAAAAUUGAAAGCAAAAAUAUUCUCAUUAGAAAAAUAAUUAUAACAAUUAGAAUCUAGAGACAAUAUAUUACAUCGAUCAGAUUAAAAAUCAACUGAAUCUUAAGCACCAUAAGAAGUAUUUUUGAGUGUAUUAGAUUCCGUAUUUAAACAAUUGGGAAAUAAUUUUGAAUAUCCUUAAUUUCUAUACCCAUAAAUAGAUAGUCUCAUACCCAAUUUAAUUGAAAUCUUACCUACUUCACUUAGUUUAUUGUCAGACAUGACCUUUUUACUCUUUAAAACAAAAUUUUAUCAUAACUUUUUAGCAAUUCCUCACAGUAUUAUAUAUUAACUAUAUAUUAAAGAUAAAUAAUUAUAGGAAGAUAGAAUCAAAUUAAAAAGUAUAGAAUAACAUGUUAAUGAAAUUAUGUUUUGUGGUGGAUGUCAUUAAAAUUUUGAAAUUUGUUUCAAUCCUUAAACAGAAGAAUGGAAAAAAAAGAUUUUAGAAAAAGAAAUUGAUAAACCUAUUGUCUAACCUCAUACUUUAUAAUUAACAUAAAGCACAAUCAUAUAAAAUUAUAUUAUCAAAGCUGCAAAAUAAAAAUUAGAAUCUACUUAUACUAAAGUUAUUAGAGACAAUAAUUAAAUUCCCCAUUUGAAUUUUUAUUAAUAACUUAAAUAGAAACAUGUGUUAUUCGAAAGAUUAAAUUGUGUCAUUCUUAUUUUGAUUCUGUCCUUUACUAAAGAUAAUAUUAUCUAUGCUUUAAAUAAUAUUACUUAAGAUUUAAGAAUAGAUGUAUCAUUAAUUAUUAUUUAAAUUAGAAUUAAAUAUUACUUUAGUAAUUAAUUUAAUAGAUUCAUAAGAAAGAUCUUGGUAUUUAUCAUUUAUAUUUAUAUUUAGAUAUGUUAAUAUUAUUUAAAUUGAAAGAUUAUGGAUCUGAUAUAGAAUUAUAAUAUGCUAGUGUCAAUUAUAUCUAAGAAUUAAAUAAAAAAGGAAUUAAAUUGUAAUUCUUGUAAUAUAAAUCUUAGUCCUUAAUCUGAAUAAUACUUAAAAGAGCAUAUUAAGACUGGAAUGGAUUAAGAAUUAAUUUAGAUGAUCUAAUAAUUAGAAUGA